AUGCCUUUCGUCAAAGUCCAAAAGAGCAAAGCCUACUUUUCCAGGUACCAAGUCAAGUUCCGUCGCCGUCGUGAGGGAAAGACUGACUAUCGCCAGAGAAAGCGCUUGUGUGCCCAAGACAAAAGCAAGUACCAAUCCCCCAAGUACCGCCUUGUCGUCCGUUUCACAAACACCAAGGUCAUCUGCCAAAUCGCAUACGCCCUUGUCGAUGGAGACAGAAUUCUUUGUCAAGCUAGCUCUACUGAACUUCCUCGCUAUGGUUUGAGCGUUGGUUUGAAGAACUACGCCGCCGCAUACUGCACUGGUCUUUUGGUUGCCCGCCGUCUUUUGCAAAAGGUUGGACUCGAUGACGUGUACGAAGGAAACACCGAGAUUGAUGGAGAAGUCGUUUCUACUGAAUACGACAAAAAGACUUACUUCGUCGAUGAAGUUGACGAUGACAAGCGUCCAUUCCGUGCUCUUCUUGACGUCGGUUGCAAGGCUACCACUACCGGAAACAGAAUUUUCGGAGCACUGAAGGGUGCCGCUGAUGGAGGUCUUGAUAUCCCACACAAUGAGAAGCGAUUCCCAGGCUACGACAGAGACGGAAAGGAAUACGAUGCUGACAUGCACCGUGAACGCAUUUUCGGUGGUCACGUUGGUGAAUACAUGGAAUACCUCGAGGAGGAAGAUAACCAAAAAUACCAAGAGCACUUUGCUGCCUACAUCGCCAAUGAUGUCGAGGCUGAUGGUCUUGAGGAACUAUACGAAUCUGUACACGAGAAGAUCCGAGGGGACCCUUCGGCUUCUGAGAAGAAGGACUUCACUCCUGACAAAAGCUUCAAGCGCAAGGCCAAACUUUCCUAUGACGAACGCAAGGCUCGUGUUCAGGAGAAGAAAGAUGCGAAGAAUGCCGAAAUGGAAGAAGACGACGAGUAA